CCAGGCAGCCAGCCACGGAGUGGGCGCUAGAGAGCGCGCGGCGCCUCGCAGCCAGACCCCUGCCCCCGCCGCCUCCACUGCCCGAACGGCCGCCCCUUGUCGCGGCCUUUGCCGCCGGGCCCCCAAGGCCACCAUGAAGACAGAGGUGUGCUCCGUGGCCUUCCUCAAGGCCGUGUUUGCAGAGUUCCUGGCCACCCUCAUCUUCGUUUUCUUCGGCCUCGGCUCAGCCCUCAAGUGGCCAUCUGCACUGCCCUCCAUUCUGCAGAUCUCCAUGGCCUUUGGUCUGGCCAUAGGCACUAUGGCCCAGGCCCUGGGGCCCGUGAGCGGGGGCCACAUCAACCCUGCCAUCACCCUGGCCCUCUUAAUAGGCAACCAGAUCUCACUGCUCCGGGCUAUCUUCUACGUGGCAGCCCAGCUGGUGGGUGCCAUCGCCGGGGCAGGCAUCCUCUAUGCGCUGGUGCCGACCAAUGCCCGGGGCAACCUGGCAGUCAACGCGAUCAACAACAACACAACGCCAAGCCAGGCUGUGGCAGUGGAGCUCAUUCUCACCUUCCAGCUGGCACUCUGCAUCUUCUCCUCCACUGACUCCCGCCGCACCAGCCCUGUGGGCUCUCCAGCUCUAUCCAUUGGCCUGUCUGUCACGCUGGGCCACCUUGUAGGGAUCUACUUCACCGGCUGCUCCAUGAACCCAGCCCGCUCUUUUGGCCCCGCAGUGGUCAUGAAUCGGUUCAGCCCCUCACACUGGGUCUUCUGGGUGGGGCCCAUCGUGGGGGCCACCAUGGCUGCCAUCCUCUACUUCUACCUGCUCUUCCCUACCUCCCUGAGCCGCAGUGAUCGUAUUGCAGUCAUCAAAGGCACCUAUGAGCCAGAGAACAUCGGAAGAGUAUAGAGCUGACCGCCCACUGACCAGCAUCAGGCAGGGACAGCCCCUGAACCACAGAAGAAAAAAGAAGAAAACUAUGACAACGAAGCUUCCUUCUCUUGACUGGGGAGGAGGUGCUGGCUUCCUGGGCUGCACAGUUAGAGAUGGGAGCAGGACCCCAUGAUCAAAUGCUCCAGUGGGGUCAGUGGCUGGGGUCUGGUGGGAACAGGGUCUCUUUGGGACAGGGCAGAUUGUGCUGCUGUGGGGUCAGACCUUGGAGAUUGUGAGCAUGAUGCCAAGCUCGCUGACUGCUUCAGGGUCAGGCCAGAAAACAGAGGCUGCUAUCUGCUCCCCACACCUGCAGACCCUCAAGAGCUAGAACCAGGCCUUUGGUGUGGAGAGUGGACCCUCCCCCAAAGCUCCUUAGUAGACUGAUUCAUUGAAUGCCAUCUUAUUUAUUUCUGAUCAAGGAUGCACGGGUGAGCUGCUGCUGUUUGGGUUGGGGGCUUCCUAAUAAACCAAUGAUCUCA